AUGAACAAGACAGCCCUCGAUCUUGCCCUCGAUGCAGCACUUCUCAAUGCACAAGCGGUCAUCGAUUUCAACCCUUCCUCUUAUCGUGGAUACCAGUUGAAGCACGCAGCCCUUCAUGGCGCACAACGCUAUGAUGAAGCCAUCGCGACCUUCGAAAUCAUGCUCUUCAAGUUGGAAAAUAGUCCUGACACGCAAAUACAAAAUUUGCGCCAGCAUUAUCUCAGUCCAUCCGAAGCAGAGGGUGCUAUUCGAACGGUCAUUCAUACUCAACUCGAUGAUACCCCGCUUCGUGUAUUCGACACCACCACCGGGCUCUUGUGCGAUCGAGAGGCGCAAAUAAGCGUCUUCAAAACGAGCACAGGGUAUAAUGAGCUGUUGUCCUUUACAAUGAACCAUGCAGAUCUGCCAAUAGGGAGCCUCCAAAAAAUGGUGGAGAUGAGCUUUGGUUAUGUCAUGCUAUUCCAUAGGUGGGAAGGGAAGGAGCCGUUGCUGCACGAUAUCCAGAACAAGGUCCUGUACGAGUUGGAUGCAGUCGGCGGCAUCCUGAAGUUGCAGUCAUUCUGCAAAAUUGCUCGUGAGGCGGGGUAUCGCUGGGCGUGGAGCGAUACAUGCUGCAUCGACAAGAAUGACGAUCUUGAGCUCCAACAAUCGUUCAACUCCAUGUUCGUCUGGUAUCGCCGCUCAGCACUUACGAUUGUCUAUCUGGCAGAUGUCACCCCUUCGUCAACGUCUGGCGCACUUGCAAACAGCGAGUGGAACAGACGAGGAUGGACUGUUGUAGAAUCCCUAGCUCCCAAAUCCGUCGCGAUCAUGCGGGAGUUGGGCCGCGCAACGGGCAUAGACCCAAGUGCCCUCGUUGCCUUCCAUCCAGGGAUGGGGGAUGCCCGGGAGAAACUUCAAUGGGCGUCUACCCGUAUCACUACUUUGCAGGAAGACAUCGCAUACUCAUUUUUUGGUAUCUUCGGCGUCCACCUACCUGUCAUCUAUGGCGAAAAGAAACAUAGCGCACUCAGGCGGCUCUUACAGGAGAUUGUAACUCGCUCGGGUGACAUUACUGCCCUGGACUGGGUCGGAAAAUCAUCAGAAUUCAAUAGCUGCCUGCCAGCUGAUAUCACAUCCUACAAAGCUCCGCCAUCCACGUUUCCAUCUUUGACCAAAGAUGAAAUGCAGAAAUCAGUCUCUGUCCUGCGAAAUACCGUGACUGUGGAGUUGGCUUCGGAAUUCUAUACCCUGUUCGACCAGCUGAGUGCUCCUCGUUUUGCAGACUGCAGACUGCAUCUGCCUUGCAUCACCUUCCGUGUCACAGCAGUCAGACGGAGGCGUGGUCAAGGCCAGGAGACAACUGUCACGUAUGAAGUCCAGGCAGACGGGCUUUGUGACCUGCUGAUCACCACGGAAGACAAACCGAGUCAGUUCUCCGGGGCAAUGGACACUAAGCAGACAUUGUUGCUUGUCCGUCCGUGGAGCCGUUAUUUCCUUGAGCUACCCGACUCUGCACUGGACGAAAUGAAGAGCUUGUCUGAUUGGUCCAUCGCCCCGUCAUCAUUAGACAAUCUCGCUGGCACGUCUCGGUCCCAUGGGUCGCGAUUUAUUCCUUGUCUUGGACAUUUUUUCGGCUCAUUUUUUGAUGCGCUUCACGGCGUUCCUGAAAAAAAAGGGGUGGUUUAUUCGGAGUCUCACUUGCAAGCAUUGCGGUUUAUCGUUCGUCUUGGACAACCUUUCAGCGCGUUUUUGUUGGCGCAGCAGCCCGGCGGAGAAUACAAGAGAAUCGCGUCAGAUCGCAAUAUAAUUGCACGAGUGAAAGACACCACUACUGUUCGCAGCAUGAUGGACGUCCGGACGCUAGAGAUAUUGUAGGUAUAUGUAUUCCGGGGAACAGAUAUCGCUGAGCAGUUUUCAUUCGCCAUGUUAGGAUCGGAAGCUGUUAACAAACAAAGCCAAAUAGCCGUGCAGUGAAACGUGACCAAUGUCUAGGACGGUUUCUGCCAAGGCCGCCACUUGAGGUGCCGCGAUAGGAGAUCC